UUCUACUCUACUCCUCUUUUUGUUGCUUCCUCUACUUCUAGGCUUGCGCCAGCGAGGGUGUCCGCUUUUCUUCUUCCACGAAGCUUCCUCCUCUCUCUCAUCUCAUCUUCUAUAGUUUUAUCCCAAAAAAGUAGUAUUUAAAAGUUAAAACCCUCUCCAACCGCCGUACCUCUCUCUUCCUUUCUCUCCUCCAACACAUUGACCCAGUCUCAGUCGCCUUUCGGAAAUGGCGACCGUUUAAUGUAUUUGUUUAUUUUAGUCCAUGAAAGCAUGCAUGGGACAUCUUUGAAUAUGAACUCUUACAUCCUGUCUUCUUCUGCCUCUGCUUCUCCUUCUCCUUCUCCUUCUUCGAUGGUCGAAGAGAGUGCAGAGACGGGCGUUGAGAUGAGGGCUUUGGAGGCGCUCGGGAGAGGCUUCGAUUUCGCCAGUGAUUUCAAGCUCAAGUACGCCAAGGCCAGCCCUAGGUUGGUAGUGGUGGAUGAGGAUAACAAGAGGGACAUUGUCAUUCCUGGUGGGCCCACCAUUCGUGGUGUUCCACAGGAUAUUCGCUGCGAUAAAGGGGAUCGACUCCGCUUCAAGUCCGAUGUACUUCAAUUCAACCAGAUGUCUGAAUUGCUUAAUCAAAAAUCUUCAGUACAAGGAAAAAUUCCAUCAGGCUAUCUUAAUGCUAUUUUUGAGUUAAGUGGGGACUGGGUUCAUGACGCUGCAGACACCAAAUAUCUUGCUUUCGAUGGCUACUUCAUCUCGUUGUAUUAUCUUCACCUAACAUCAUCUCCCUUAGUUCUCCAAGAUGAUGUAAAGAAGGCUGUUCCAUCUCGUUGGGAUCCUGCUUCAUUGUCCAGGUUCAUCCAGCGAUACGGGACUCACAUAAUAGUAGGAAUGGCUGUUGGAGGUCAAGAUUUACUUUGUAUUAAGCAGAAACUUUCCUCACCAAUUCCUCCUGCCGAUCUCAGAAGAUAUUUGGAAGAUCUUGGAGAUUUUCUAUUUUCAGAUCGAAGAAGCCCUUCACUAUUACAGAGGAAAACAAUAGAUGACAAACAGAAAGUUCCCGAGGUCUUCAAUCGAGUAUUACAGUCGAACCCCAUGCAGUUGGCGAGUAUAUCAGAAACAUCAAGCAAGGAUGGCCUCACUAUCAUUUGUUCGAAAAGGGGAGGUGAUAUUUUCUUGCAUGGUCACUCCAAUUGGCUGCAGACAGUGCCUGCUAGACCUGAAGCAAUCAUGUUCAAGUUUGUUCCUAUCACUUCUCUUCUUACUGGGAUUCCAGGCAGUGGUUAUCUUAGUCAUGCAAUCAACUUGUAUCUACGCUACAAGCCCUCUCCUGAGGAUUUACAGCACUUCUUGGAGUUUCAAGUUCCUAGGCAAUGGGAACCUAUGUUUUGUGAGCUGCCACUUCGGCAUCUACAGAGAAAGUCAUCUUGCCCUAACCUUCAAUUCAGUUUCAUGGGUCCUAAGAUUUAUGUCAGUACCACCCAGAUAUCCACUGGUCAAAAACCAGUAGUUGGCCUACGCCUGUUCUUAGAAGGGAAGAAAAGCAACCGGUUAGCAUUACAUGUACAGCAUCUCUCAAGCCUUCCAAAUACUAUGGCUCUUUAUACAAGUAGGCUAUCUCUUUGGCGAGGUUCUGAUGAUCAUGAGCAUAGUGACCAGUUCUUAGAAGCAGUCAAAUGGAAGAGAUUCACAAAUGUGUGCACAGCAGUGGUUAAGCAUGAUCCCAAGUGGAAGCUGGGAGAUUCAAGCAGUGUUUAUAUUGUAACAGGUGCUCAGCUUGUUAGCAAAGGGAAGUGGCCCAAGACGGUACUGCAUUUAUGCCUUCUCUUUACCGAAUUACCUAAUUGCUCCAUCCGGAAGACAGAAUGGUCUGGUGCACCAGAAGGCUCUCGCAAGACGAAUUUCCUCACGAAUCUGAGCACAACAUUUACAUUCACACAGCGAACUGCUACUGGUCCACAGAAAAAGAGUCCAAAUGCACUCAACUCUGGUCUAUAUCCGGAUGGCCCACCUAUACCGGUUUGUUCUACAAAGCUGCUUAAAUAUGUGGAGACAGCUGAGGUGUUGCGGGGACCCCAUGAUGCUCCAGGACACUGGUUGGUAGUAGGAGCGAGGCUAGUGACUCGGGGUGGUAAGAUUGGUUUGCAUGUAAAGUUUGCUCUGUUGGACUAUUGGUGAGUUAUAGAUUAUACUUAUCAUUGUACAGAUAGAGGGAUUGCCUUUUGUCUUUGAUUUUAUAUAGUUUAUUUUUUAUUUGAAAUUUUUUGGAUUUGCAGUAACACUUUGAAUUGCUGUAACAAAUCUUCGCGCAGAAAAUUAGAUUAGAGUGGCUAUUUGGUUGGUUGA